CGGAACGUCUCCAAUCAUGCUAUCAUGCAUGGUCUUAUUUUUAUCAGUAUUAUCAGUCGUAUAUAGUGAAGAGUAGCAUACUGCUUAUUCAUUUCUUAUGUGGAGUUGUGGACAUGGUUCAUGGUUGGACAUAUUAACUGAGAGUUGAUUUUUUCCUCGAGUAAUGAUUUAUUAGAUUUUUACCAUUAAUACAUCUUUUCUUUUUAAAAUACCAUGAAUCGGCGUGUGGUCGUUACCGGUUUGGGCACUGUUUCGCCGUUGGGCAUAUCAGUCAGGUCGUCCUGGAACAAUUUAAUUUCUGGAGGUAGCGGCAUCAAGAAGUUGUCUGGUGGUGAUUAUGAAAAGAUCCCUUGCAGAAUCGCCGGCCUUGUAAAUCAGGGCGAAGGGCCUGAACAGUUAAACGUGUUGAAAUACGUCAACAAAGCGGACAUGAGGUCUUUGUCCCUUGCAACGAUUUUCGCCUUAGUGAGCAGCGCAGAAGCUUUAGAAGAUGCAAGAUGGUUUCCAGAGGAGGAGAGUAAGAAAGAGAUGACUGGUGUUUGCAUCGGGAUGGGCAUGGCAGACUUGAAUUCCAUUUACGAAACUGCGUUUGCGUUCAAGACGGGUUACAGCAAAGUAAGCCCGUUCUUUGUGCCUAAAAUCUUAACGAACAUGCCAGCUGGACAAGUUAGCAUUAAAUACGGCUUCCGAGGGCCAAACCACACCGUUUCGACAGCUUGCGCCACAGGUAGCCAUGCCAUUGGUGAUGCGUUUAAAUUUAUCCAGAAUGGUCAGGCUGAUGUGAUGGUCUGUGGCGGCACCGAGGCGAGUGUCAAUCCACUCGCAAUGGCAGGAUUCUGUCGCCUACGCGCUCUUUCAACGUCCUUCAACGACACCCCUUCCGAAGCGUCUAGACCCUUCGAUCAAAAGCGAGAAGGGUUCGUAAUGGGGGAAGGCGCUGCGAUUUUAAUACUCGAAGAGAUGAAUCACGCUUUGGAACGGGGUUCGCACAUUUAUGGGGAAAUCUUGGGGUAUGGACUGUCAGGCGAUGCUUCACAUAUGACAGCCCCUCAUGAAGAAGGGGUGGGUGCAGUACUUGCGAUGAAAAGAGCCCUGUCAGACGCCAAGACUUCACCUGCUGACAUUUCUUACAUCAACGCACAUGCGACCUCCACACCUCUAGGAGAUGCCAUAGAGUUAAAAGCGAUAUCAAAAAUAUUCAAAGACAAUUUGGACUGUUUGAAAGUUUCUUCUACAAAAGGCGCUCAUGGGCAUUUGCUAGGCGCUGCUGGAAAUUUAGAAACACUUUUUACCGUACUAGCUUGCCAACAUGGCACAGUACCUCCCACAUUGAAUUUGAACGAUAAGUGCGUCGAAGGAAAUGAAAUCAAUUGUGUUCCGAAUACAAAACAAGAAUGGGCAACCAAAAAAAGAAUAGCUUUAAAAAACUCAUUCGGAUUUGGAGGGACUAACGCAUCUCUCUGUUUAAGCAAUUUCAUUUUGUAGUCACCAAAUAUUUUAAAAGUUCAAUACUAAAAAGUAACUACAAGUUAUUUUAUAUUGUACAUAAUGAAUAAAGAAAU